UCAGGGGAGACGAGGACGCAGUGACCACUGCCGGUAACCAUCCAUACGUUUUUAGUUUUAUGAAUUUUAUUUUGCAAUUUUUAUCCGCAUGCAUGUUUAAAAUUUUACAUCAAUAUUUUUACAAUUUCGAUAUCAUGUUCUAAAAUACCUAUCGUAUUAUUUAUCAUUUUGUAUACCUGUAUUGUUUUGUUGCAAUUAAAUAUACUGCUGCGAAGCGUUUUUGCCAGAGCUUAAACGGAACGAGGAUAAAAUAAUUUAUUGACUGAACGCACAUGGUACAACCAUUACAUAUUAAUAUAGUUCGAACGUUUAUCGAACGAACCUCUGUUCUGUUUAUGGAGACUGUUAAUAUCGCUUCAUUAUACGCAGUAUUUUAAUUACAAGUUCAAUUAUUAUUUUAUUAAUUUCAGAACGUCCAACGAUUCGUAUUUAUUAUUAUCAAAUCGUCGUUACAUAUUCCAUCUGCAUGGUUUUUGGAUCCAUCCACUUAUGAUUUUAGGGCUAUUGUACUUAUUUUGGAUUCGGUGUCGGGUUUUCGGUUCGCAUCAUUCAUUUAUUAUUCACUUAUAUGAUUCUCCGCAUAUAUCUUCGGGUUAAUCGUUAUUAUUAUUGUUAUUUUUAUCGUUGUUGUUAUUUUUGUUGUUAUUGUUAUAUUAAAUAUCCGAACCACGAAUCGCACUUUGAUGUCGUGGAAUCGAUGUAUGUCGGCUCGUAAGUGCCGGUUAAACUAAAAUUGUAUGGAUGGUUCCGACAAUCAAAUUAACGUACAUGCAUCUGUCACCGAAUCUUGAGCGACUGACGAUAAUGAUAAAUACGCAAUGGGUGUAUUAUAGUCGAUAAUUAUGUACCGAGUCGUGAAUAGAUUCGGUGACAGUUAUCAAGAUACGCAAAAGUCACGUCAUUAUACACACGUGUAAUCGGUAGAUACUGAAAUUCGCCAAUCUGCAAUCUUGAUCGUUCGUCAUAAUUUCUAUUCUGACGACAUGACGCGAUAGCGCUUUGUAACCGAAAGUGACUUUUCGAAUUUUGAAUUUGGACUCUGUAUCCGUUUUCCCAAUUGUAUCUAUGCUGUGGUUGGUUUGGUAGCUAGCAAGUACGUACACGACUAGUUUGAGAGAAAAAAGAUAUCGGCACAGCUGCACAAGAGGUGAUAAAGAGAGAAUAAUUGAAAAUGGAAAAUGCUGUGAACGUUUUGACGAGCGGCAACAUCAGAACGGGGUAUCGUCUUUACGUUUCCGGUGAUACGGAACUCUGCAUUCCUGAGCGGUACGUCGACGUCGCGCCGCGAGGCGUCGGCGCUCAAGGUAUUGUUUGUGCGGCAUAUGACACAGUCACAGCGCAAAAUGUGGCCAUAAAAAAGCUGUCGAGACCGUUUCAAAAUGUAACGCACGCGAAACGAGCUUACAGGGAAUUUAAGCUGAUGAAGCUCGUCAAUCACAAAAACAUAAUCGGACUCCUCAACGCAUUCACACCUCAACGAUCGUUGGACGAGUUCCAAGAUGUCUACCUCGUUAUGGAGUUGAUGGACGCUAAUUUGUGCCAGGUGAUUCAAAUGGACUUGGAUCACGAACGCAUGUCUUAUCUCCUCUAUCAAAUGCUCUGUGGAAUCAAACACUUACAUUCCGCCGGCAUUAUUCAUAGGGAUUUGAAGCCGAGCAAUAUUGUCGUGAAAUCAGACUGCACGCUGAAAAUUUUGGAUUUUGGUCUGGCCAGGACUGCCGGUACAACGUUUAUGAUGACGCCGUACGUCGUUACCCGAUACUAUCGAGCGCCUGAGGUAAUCCUUGGCAUGGGGUACAAAGAGAACGUCGAUAUCUGGUCGGUCGGAUGCAUAAUGGGUGAAAUGAUUCGAGGUGGUGUAUUAUUCCCUGGAACUGAUCACAUCGAUCAGUGGAAUAAAAUUAUUGAACAAUUAGGGACCCCUGCGGCAGAAUUUAUGCAACGACUACAACCGACAGUAAGGAAUUAUGUGGAAAAUAGGCCACGAUAUCCUGGAUAUCCGUUUGACAGGCUAUUUCCAGAUGUCUUGUUCCCAUCGGAUUCCUCCGAGCACAACAGGCUAAAAGGUAGAGCGAGUCAAGCUAGAGAUCUGCUCUCACGUAUGCUGGUCAUCGAUCCAGAGCGACGAAUUUCCGUUGACGAUGCACUUUUGCAUAAUUACAUAAAUGUCUGGUACGACGAGGGAGAAGUCAACGCCCCCGCACCUGGACCAUACGAUCAUAGUGUGGAUGAAAGAGAACACACUGUUGAUCAAUGGAAGGAAUUAAUUUAUCAAGAAGUUAUGGAAUACGAGACAAGUCACAAUCCAGUUACAACAGCGCAGCCGUCAGACCCAGCAGGAUCUCGGUAGACACACCAAAUAUUUCUGUCUUUAUAAAAUAACAACAGUCUGACUCAUACUGUCUAUGACUAGAAAAUGAAUAAGUGUAAAUUAAUCAUUUACCCUGACAAACAUAUAGAAUCGACAGCCCGAGCACUGCUGGCUGCUCUCCGAGGAAAUCUGAAACGAAGAAUGGGUAAUAAUAAUUUAAUUUUGAAAGAGGAGAAAUAAAACGAAAAUAAAUAAUUGAUGCAUCGUUUGCGUGAAAACUAGGAUUUCCUUUUCAAAUAAUACUAAAUGUUAGUAGGAAAAUUGUAUGUCAGCUUUUAUUAAAAAGAAAAAAAAAAGACUUAUUCACGAUUCUUUAUACGUUGCACUAAAGUCAUGGAAACUUAAGCAAAAUCGAUAACAGAGAUUCUCUAUCGUUAUAGGAUAAUUAGGCAUUAUUAAUGCCUGUGUGUUAAUUUUCAGGGCUAAUUAAAUUAAUUUUCAAAUCUGAAAAUUAAACGACGAAGCUUUGAUUGUGUGUACAAUAAAUGAAUCGAUGCUUCGUAACUACACGUGAAGUGAUUUUAUACUGUUCGAUUAUCAUUAUUUUGUUUGAUUACAGUUUGCCAGAUGGAGUAACUGUUGAUAAAUUAAUGAGGUACCCUCGUUGCAUUUAUGAAUUAAUCUUACGGUUUUCACUUGGACUUCUUAUUUCUGUAUAAAAACUUCUUGUUUUUUUGGAUUGACCUAUAUAUAUAUAUAUAUAAGAGAAUGAAAAAUCCCGCGGAUACAUUGAAAUAAAUAUCAGAGGUAGGGUAUUUGGAUUUUGAUCAGAGAAAAGUUAUCUGGAUUUCAAAAAUGACCCACAAUUAUGGACAAAAGUAAACCACACCAAAAUAGUAUUUUACAAUUAAUAUGACGGGAGCGGUUGUGAGAGGUAUGAUAUACACGUUGCAGCGAUUCAAGGUAUCACGCGAUAUUCGAUUGAAUUCAAAUUUCACUAAAAAAGGUUUUAUCGCGUUACUCGUCUUUUCGUCGGAUCAUGAGUCGAGGCUAAUCGCGGCUCUGGACAAUUUUUUCCAUCGUUUGAAAAUCCUAUAAAAAGCAAAAAUAUUACUUUUAUAGAUCUAUUAAACAACAGGCUGGAAAUCACUUUUUGGUACAUUUCGUUCAACCGCCAAGGUUGCUCAAUCAUUACUAAGUCUCCCAGGCGCCAUUUUCAACCCCCCAGUGUAAUAUCAUUGUUACCACGUUGAAGUACCUACCUCCUCUUCGUGUGAUGAAUGUACAUUUUACAGCAUUGCAUCAUUUCUAAAUGGGAUUGGCGACCAUCAAACAUGUCCACUAGUAGCUCCGGCAGCAUGCGCGAUUUUAAGUUAGUGAAAUAUAUACGCUACUCUCUCCCACGAAUAUUAUAGUUCCUCAUUUGUUGUUGUAUAAAAUUACAGAACCUCCGAACAAAACAUCGCUAAUUGCUGAAAUUCAGAUUAUUAUCAGAGAUGAAUACGCACUUUAAAUUCCACUGUUGAUAGUAAUUGUUUUUUUGCGUACAAAUUAAUGAAACGGUAGUCGAGUAACUCACGUACAAUUUUUGAUAUUUUUGUCAGCAAGAAUACAACAAUCAUGUUUGGUAGCACAUUAUUCCUAAGUCUUUACGUGCCCAUUGCUCAUAAAGUUACCAAACGCAAGAGACGAAAAUAAGAAAGAAAAAGAGAAUAACAGAAGUAUAAAACAAUAAAAGAAAGAAAUAAGCAAAGAAGCCGGAAAUAAUAAUAGUAAUAAUGAUAAUAAUAAUCUAAUAUUAAUAACAUUAGUCAUAAUAAUAAAGUGAAUUGUGUUAGGUAAACUCAAACUCUUGUGAAGUUGGCGGUGAAUGAGUGGAAAUUUGAUUUAAUCUUGAUGAAAAUAACGAUAGAUAUAACUAUAAUCACAUUAUUAACAAUAAUAAUAACAAUAUUAGUAAUGGAUAAUUAAUAAUAAUGAUGAUAAUGGUAAUAAGAAUAAUAAUAAUGAUUACGAAAUAUAAAUUUGUACAUAUUAGCUCACAGAUGGGUGUAAACAGUUGCGGUGCGCUUUGUUACUUUUCUUCGAUGAUGUAACUCUUGGAAUCGAUCUUGAAAUUCACUGAACUGGGAUGCAAAAAUCUUAGCGAUAAUAACCGAUUAAGCGGCAUAACGUAUCGCGACAAAAUUAGUUUAUGAAAAUUACCGUGGCCCUUGCAAUCAUUUUUCGUUGGUUAUUGUUAGUUGAAUAGUUUUUAAUCAUUUAAUUUAAUUGUUCAAACGUCAGCCAAAUCAGCCACUAAGGGCUGAAGGAAGUGGAUAAAUAUAUUAUUCUGAGGUGCAUAAAACUUGAGAAGAAGAAGAAUUUCAUUGUCUAUGACGAAACACAUGCAAUACACGUGGGUAUAAUAUACUUAUCAUAUAUUCGAAAAAAAAGAAGUAUCGUUUAUGCAAUAAAAAUAAUUAAUCUUUUGGCAGCAUUUAUCCUGACCUUAAUUACUAAGCAAACAGACAGCUCUUGCUUAAGAGGUAAUUGAACGCGAGAUUAUAAAAUAGGUAAAUAAUUUGUUGUUAAUGAAAAAUAGAGGAACUGCGUGAAACGUGAAAUUAUUAAACAAAUAGAUAAAAAAAACGUGCAAGUCUUGAUGCGGUUAAAAUGAUGGUCCGUGUGUUUCAAUUAUUAUUAUUAUGUGCGUAAUGAAGAAGAAAAGAUGGAAAAAUUAUUACAAACUUCACAGAAUACUUUGGAUACCUCACAUGCAUCAUCUUAUCCAAAACUUUUUCUUACACGUAUAUUACGAACACAUCAUGUUAUCAUGUUCGCGUAUAUGCACCGUGAAAUAAUUCACUUCAGAAACGUAUGUUAAUGUAAUAAAACAAUAUAAUUAAUCAGUCUCUUUCGUAUAUAGGCAUAACGAAAAAACAAACUACACUAUGAAAUGAAAGCCAGUAAAAAAUAUGAUCAAAAAAAUAUAUUGAAAGAACAAAUAAAAAUCAUACUUUUCGAACAAACCUGUACAUUUUACUAGAUAAAAAAAUAAUAGAGAAAAGAAAUGAAGGAAACUUAAUAAUUUUCAAUAAAUAACGACGACAGAGAAGAAAAAUAAAAAAACAAAGUACAUAACUUGAAAUGAGAAAUAAUAAUAAGAAAGCUAAUAAUAAACAUCGUAAUAAUACUACGAUAUUCCACACAAAUAUAUAACAAUAUUUGAGAAUCUGUUGAUGAGGAAAAAUCAACGAUGAUGAAAUGGUAAAUAAUGAUAAUUAGAAUAAUGUGAAUUGUAUUUAUCGUGGGAUAAUGAUGAUAUGCGAGUGAAAAGAAAAAAAAAACAGAAAAAGAAAAAAUAUUAACUAUUGAAUGAAUAUUGUAUAACGUUGAACUUUUUAAUUUCCACAAUGACAUAUAAUAAUUAUUAUGUGAAUAUAUUGCUACAGUCCGAUCCAAAUAACCAAGCUUUUAUAACACUAAUUAUAAUUAAAGAAACGAUAAUGAUAAAAAUAAUAAUGCUAAUAUUAAUAUUAAUAAUAAUAAUAAUAAUAAUAAUAAUAAUAAUAAUAAUAAUAAUAACAAUAAUAACAAAAGUAAUAUUAACAAUAAUAAUUAUUAUUAUAAUAUAAUAACAUUAAAUACUGUGUAUAAUGAUUGCGAGAGAAGAGAAAAAUUGAACAGAAAACCAACGUAGUUUAAACAUUUAUAAGUAUUGAGUUGCGCCAAAAAUGUUUAAACAUUUUCAUGCUAUUCAUAAAGCGAUAUAAUAUUGUGUAUCGGCGAGAGAUUUGCAUCAAUUUGGUGAUUUACAUAAGCUUGAAAUCAAUUUCCUUACCUAAGACUAACGAUACAGGGUGCCUACAGGAAAUAUCUAAUUGCUAUUGGCUGCAUCUUAAUUGUAUAAUGAAGGUAAAAAAAAUAUGUGAAAUAACUCGGUUCAAUUUUACAACCUAUUAUCCAUCAUGCAAAGUGAAAAUUAUUUUUCAAAUUUGAAUUAUACAAUCUUUAUAAGCGAAUGAAACAAUUGCGAGAUACUUUUAUCGUUACAGCUAUACACAUAAUAACAUAAUUGAUUAAUUGAUGAUAUAAAUUAUAUAUUAGCGCAUGAUUAAUAAUAACAUGAUAAUGUGAAAACCCUGUACAUUAUAUUAUCAUCAUCAUUGUCGUCAUCUAACUGACGAAAAAUUUGCACGAUAUAUUUCAAAAAUUCCUAGUGAUUUUGCCAUUGAAUUCUCCAUCUACCUUACAGGAAUGCAAAUAAUUUAAAGAUGUUUGGAUCUGCGCUCGGUACGAGAGUGAAGUGAUAAAAGUAUAUAAUAUACAGGGUAAGUUUUUCAUCUUGCGAUAUUUAUUUGUCUCAAGAUGAAAAUAACUCACCUGGUAUAUAUCCAAGUGAAAAUUAAUAAAAGAAAAGAAAGAAAUGAAAUUACCGAAGUGAAAUAUGUAAUAAUAAUUAAUAACUAUAGCAAAAACAACAAUAAUAACAAUAAUUAUAAUAAUAAUAAUGAUAAUAAUAAUAAUCAUGAUCAAUUCUUCUUCUCUAGAACGUUAAGAAGCGAUUACAAAUUUGAAAAAGAAAAAAGAUAAGAAAAAUAAAACAAAAAAACUUAUAAUACUAAUAGUAAUAAUAAUAAUAAUAAUAAUAAUAAUAAUAAUAAUAUUAAUAAUAUUAAUAAUAUUUUGAAUGAUCGUGAACAAACAACAAUAAUGUCCAUGUUGCUAACUUAGUGGUGAGGUAGUUUUUGCAUAGAAUCAUAGAAUUAUAGUGAUAAGUAUUAGAAAUACUUAUUAGUAGUUGAAAAAUAGUAAAAUUAGCUUUGAUGGGAGCUUAGGAUAGAAUUUUAGAUAGUAAUUAUCAAGCCCGUUCCUUUUCACUUACAAUUAGGAUACAGGGGCUUGUGUAGCCCCGCAAGUAAAUCGGACUUUUAUACCAGAAAUGGUGGAAGGCUAUUUCUGUCGCCCAUCCUCGUAGUUUCUGUUUUAUUUAUUAAUAUCUUUCUUCUCUUGAUACGUUUCCUUUGUAUUAUUGUUUUCAGAUAUAUUAUUAUAUAUCUAAGUGUUUUCACGAGCUCUGGCUUUCCAUUUAAACUAAGGUAAGGAUCAUUAGGAGCCGUAUGAUGUAAUUCUAAUUGAAAAUUCCCAUAAACUAUUGUUGUUAUAUUACACGAGGUAUCGGGGCAUAUUCGAACAUCGCGUACGUAUAUGAUAUCUAUACUGGGAUUUGUGGGGGAUAAAUAUACAUGUAUAUUAUAAUAUAUUUGUAUCGUUUCGUCGUCAAUUUAAACAUGCAAAUUAAAAAACCUAUAAUUUUUGUACAUUUAUUAAACAAGAAUAAGUAAAUGAAUAAAUAAAUAUGAAUAUAAAAAAUGAUGAAAAAAAAGAAGUCUGCAGUUGUCGCAAUUCUAUUAACAGACUAAAAGACCCAUGUACGUAAGCCAGUUAACAAAACAGAAGAAAAAAUCGACAAUUAGAGAACACCUCACUCAUGAUACACGUAAUUAUAGAAAUGUAAUGUAAAACAUAAUCUUAAAUUAUUGAAUAAAAAUAUUACUAUAUUAAUAAUAACUAAUAUAAAUAUUAUAUGCAUACCUCUUCUCUGUACAUAUAUUAACAACAACAAUAAUGUUAAUAAUAAUAAUAAUAAUAAUGAUAAUAACAAGGAUACUAACGCAUCGUUUUGUCUCCUCAUGAUUUUCAAUUUGUCUUUCGAUUUUUUUCCUUUUUUUCUCAACUGAUUUUGGGUUAACUAUUUUCCCGACGACGAUUAAUUUGUGAAUAAUUAUACCAAUAAUAUUGAUAAUAAUAUGUAUAAUAUAAUUAUGUUAUAUUAGACAAACAUUAUAUAAUAUAAUUGUAUUAUUGUGAGGAACGGUAUAAAUAUUAUAAAUACAAUAUGCGACAAAACGCCAUACACUGGUAUGGUGACGAGGUAAUAAUAAAAUUAUUAACAAAAACAACAAUGAUAAUGAUAUCAAAGAACAGUAAUAAAACAAUAAAUUAACGAAGAUGAAAUAUAACAAAAAAUACAUAAAUUACAGUCACAUCAAUCUAGGCGAACGAAAGAAGGAAAAACUAGAGAGAGAAAUGAAAAAAAAACUAUUUGAAAAAAAAAUUUGAAACGAAAGAGGAAAACUUGAAACAAUUCAAAUAAAAUUGUAGUCCCGUAUCGUUCAUGACUUAUAGGCGGAGGCAAGUACAAUACGAACACACGAGUAUACAUAUAUGAAUUUAGGGUGACCCAAAAAAACGACGUACUUUUUGUCAAUUCCGUUAGAAAAUAUGUUAAUUUCUCAUGUUUUAUUGACCCUCUCCAAAAGUCAGCUCGAUUAAAAACGUUUUAGGGGUUGCUCAUGGGUUUUGUAAUAUCUAGAAGACAUCAAAAAUUGAAUUAAAAAAAUUCUCUUCUCACUACGUCAAUAGUCUGAUUUUUAGAAGAUUCAUAAGUCUCAAUGUAGAAGGGAUCGAUGUAGCGAGAAAAAUUAAAAUUUGAUUCAAUUUUUGAUACUUUCUGGCAUUUUGAAAACGAGGUUUCUCCAAACACGAACAACCAACGUAUUUUCCUGCGAGAUCGAUGAAAAAAUGGACCGUGCUUUCGGGCCACCCUAAAAUUCGUAUUAUAGUGUGGGUAAUAAUAAAAGAGAUUUUAGAUGCAGACUAAAUUAAGGGAUUCCUGAAAUGUUAAAUAUGUAUCGAAGAUGACGAUCGUUUGUACAUUCGAUCUCAUAGAAAUCCAACGAUAUAAUGGCAUGUAUAUGAAGACAUUAAAACAAAAAAGAAAUACAUAAUAUUACAGCCGAGCCUCUUCCCUAGCACGUGUGUCAAAAAUAGAUGAAAAAAAUUAAAUAACUGAAAAAGAAAAAAGCAAAAAGUAACGUGAAUUGAAAAUACUCUGGGCUUCUGGGAAUCCCUAGCAAUAGAAAAAAAAAAGAAAAUUGAGAUUAUGGAAUAGAAUAUCAUUUAUUUAAAUCUCCACUAUGGUUUUCCUUCAAUUGAAAAACAAAAAGAAUACUAUACCUAGCGUAAUAGAUUUUAAUUUACCGGCAACUGAACCAAUGCUCAAAGAUGCUGUUGGUUUUAAAGUAAUAAAGGAGAAUUAAGAAAUCAUGA